CCAACCGGAUUACAAGAAGCACGAGCUGUCCAGAGACAGAGUGGUGCUGAAAUACACGCGUUAUCCUUUCAGCACGACACACACAUGCACACCAUGGACGCCGGAGCGAGAGGAAUGCACUGGAAACUUUUAAUACUUUCUUGUCUCUUGGCGGACGGGAUGAGCCAGGACUUCGGACAGACCCAGUUUAUUUGCACGUCCGUGCCCAAGGAUAUGGACAUAUGCGCCGCCACACUGCAGAACAGCGUGCCCGGUGAGGAUCUGAAAAGCACGGUCAUGCAGCUGCGAGAGACCGUACUGCAACAGAAAGAAACGAUCAUGAACCAAAAAGAAACCAUUAGAGAACUGACUUCCAAGUUGACGCGAUGCGAGAGUCAGAGCGCCUCCGAGCCCGGUGACGCCCGGGUCGGGGGACGACGAAAAGAACCGGGCGCUAAGAACACGAUGGGGGAUGUAUCGAGGGGUCCGACGGAUACGCUGGCUCAACUCUCUCAGACUUUACAAUCCCUCAAGCAGAGACUGGAAAACCUGGAGCAAUUUAGCCGGAAUAACAACUCAGUCCAGGCGAACAGCUUAAAAGAUCUUCUGCAGACCAAAAUCGACGACCUGGAGAAGCAGGUGCUGUCCCGAGUGAACGGGCUGGAGGAAGGAAAGCCGGGGCUGCGCAACGAGAGCGAGCAGCGCGGGCGCGUCGAGUCCACUCUCACCUCACUGCAGCAGAGAAUCACUGAUCUAGAGAAAGGUAAACAGGAUAACAGACCCUUGGAUAAAUUCCAGCUGACGUUCCCACUGAGGACCAACUACAUGUAUGCUAAAGUAAGAAAGAGCCUGCCGGAGAUGUACGCCUUCACAGUGUGCAUGUGGAUCAAAUCCAACGCCUCUCCGGGAGUGGGAACGCCUUUCUCUUAUGCAGUGCCUGGUCAGGCUAAUGAGCUGGUGCUUAUCGAAUGGGGAAACAACCCAAUGGAACUGCUCAUCAAUGAUAAGGUUGCAAAGCUGCCCUUCCUCAUCAAUGAUGGCAAAUGGCAUCACAUUUGUGUUACUUGGACCACACGAGAUGGAGUGUGGGAAGCAUACCAGGAUGGUGUAAUGAGGGGAAAUGGGGACAGUCUGGCCCCUUACCAUCCAAUCAAACCACAAGGGGUCUUAAUUCUGGGACAGGAACAGGACACUCUGGGCGGAGGAUUCGACGCCACUCAAGCGUUCGUCGGCGACAUGGCGAAUUUUCACAUUUGGGAUCGAAAGCUGUCAGUCGGAGAGAUUUAUAACCUGGCCACCUGCAGCAGCAAAGCACAAGUAGGGAACGUCUUCUCCUGGUUGGAAACCAACAUCGAGAUCUACGGAGGGGCUUCAAAAUGGACUUUCGAAGCCUGUCGCCAGCUGAACUGAACAUGGAGAAAUCUUAAAGCCAGUGAGGGAUACGAGUUACCAGGUCUCUGUUAUCAAAUCAUUCACCUUCGAAGGACAUUUUCAAACAAGCACAAUCACGGACAUCGGUAUGAUCGGGAAUUUUCUAGGCAUUUCAAUAAUUCUCGUCUCUUGACAUUUCCAAACAAUCAGUUUUCCUCUGUUUAUUUCUGGAUCCCGGGUUGCUCGUAAUUCUUAGCUCGAAGGCGCUGCGUUUUUGCAUCCUUCUCUGUCGGGCAAGUGACGCCUUGUCGGAAAACUACUCACACGCAUCUUUGCAAUCUGGAUCAUUUGACCCUUCCCCCUCCCUUCUCGCAGGAAGCCAUAAAGUCUCGCAGUAGAUGUCUGAAACCACUUAAGUUACUUCUGGCCCAUCAGGAUUAUUAGAUUGAUCUACUCACUGCCUGGGAUACUCACUGUGAACUACGGAUGUAGAAUGUAAAACAAGCGAAGACGAGUACAAAACAAUGUUUUUGUUCUUUGGUUUCCUUUACUUCUUGUGAUUUUAUUCUGUCUUAUCACCUCCUGCUUGACGCAUUUUCGUUGGUGUGUGCGUUUGUGCGUGUGUGUGUGCGUUUGUAAAAAAACUAGAAAAUUAUUGCCAACAUAUUUCAAGCCUGGGUGCCUUGGGCUGUUGAAAAAGAUCAAAACAAGAUCGACACAUUUGUCAUUUUCUGCUGUGUGCUUCUAUUUAUCUCUUUCUUUCCUUGUGCAACUACCGAUUUAAACGUUAUGUUGGUUACACCUCGAAAACAAUUCAGCUGGACAAUGAGAAGAGUCUCUUAUUUUAAAGUACGUCAUGGCGUGUUCGUAUUUUUCAAGGAAUGUUACGUGUACAGAAAACAGCAUGACCAUCUAAAUGCUGCAGCAGCAUCGAUGAAAAUCUGCUUUUAUUAGCUCAUUUUGGGUUGAGAUUUUAUACUGUAUUGUUAUAUGCUAAAAGCAUGGCAGCACUGAGAGAUGAAAAAGGUCUAAUUUUUGUAAUAAAAAUUGUUAUAUCAAAAAAAGCGAGUGUGAAAAUGCCUUUUAAUGAUUUAUUUGUAUUAAUCAAUAUCAAAAUGAGUACUGUCAUUAAUGGAAUAUCUUAUAACCAGAGAGAAAACAACUGACAUGCAAAGUGAUUGUGUUUAUAUACUUAGCAACCAUAUGAUAUCUCAUGGUGAUUCAUACGUAUUUUCAGAGGUGGCUAAUUCGUAAUAAUUUAUUAUGACCACAUACAUACAUUUUUCUACAUUUUCUUGUGAAGUCAUGGAUAGGGGUAGGGUUUCAUUAAUGUUUUUGCACAAUUAACUUUGUGGGAAUUCGUACGAAUUAGCCAACUCAUAAAAUAUGUACGAAUUCUAGUAAGAUCAUGUUGGAAAAGGCUCAUAUAAAAAAUGCCAAUGUCUUCUGCGCUUGCACAGAAAAAAACGGAAUAUAUUUGUUUAGGCUUAUUGUGUCAGUAAUCACACUUUUACAUUCGCUACAUUCGGGACUGUAUGUUUCUGUAAACCGCACAUUCUGUUAUCAUUUAUCCACGUUUUAAACAAGUAGACUUUAAGACUUAAAAUUCAGCUUUGCUUCGUUAAAAUUUUAUUAGUAUUAAGUUAACAUUUAAGCAUAAUAAGUGGAUGAAUGUCUUACUAGGGUAACAACUAACCAGGUGCAUGAAGUGCCUAAAUCUAGAGAUUAGAUUUUGUUUGCUGGCAGACUGCAAAAGCCUGAAGUUUGCUUGUAUAUUUUUUUAAUAAGUGCUUUAUUGUUUUGUGUGCAAUAGAGCUGCAGGGAACCCGGAAGUUAGCUUCAUAUGGGCUUCCUUAGCAAAACGUCAGUGGGAUUUUUCCAUAGGCUUUUUGUAUUACGCUAAGAAAAUGAUUGUAUUAUCGCUCUGUGAUAUUCGGGGGGUUUGUCCAUCAAGAUAA